CAAUAAUAGCAAUAUUAAUAGCAUGGCUCAGAAGUUUUCAAUGUUUCCAGGCCAUUUUAAAACCCAAGUGUCAACACCUGGAGGAUUUUAUUAUAGAAAUGGCUUUAAUGCAAAUAACAUUCUAAAUAAUAAUAUUUGCAAUAAUAAUAAUAGUAAUAAUAAUAAUAAUAAUAAUAAUAAUAAUAAUAAUAAUAAUAAUAAUAAUAGUAAUAGUAAUAAAAAUUUUUCGACAUCACCAUCACAAACAAUACCAAUAGUUCAAAAAGAUAAUUCACCAUCAUCAUCUUACUCUUCCAGAAGCCAACCACCAUUUUUAAAUAAUAAUAAUAAUAAUAAUAAUAAUAAUAAUAAUAAUAAUAAUAAUAAUAAUAAUAAUAAUAAUAAUAAUAAUAUCAAUUCCGAAAAUAAUUUUAAAAAUAAAAAUAAUAUAAAUAACAAUGAAGACAGUAUGAGAUCAAUACUGGAAAGUAAUAAAAAUAUAAACAAUAAUAAUAGCAAUAGCAGCAAUACAUUAAAUAGAGUACCAUCUCAAUUAAAUUUAUCAUCGUCAUCAAUAACUACAACCAACUCAAUUUUAUCAAAUAUUGAUACAGAUACAGAUAUAAAAAGAAAUGAAUCAUUUGAAUUUAUGGAUGAAGAUAGUUUUACAAGUAAUUCUGCUGGUGUUUGCCCAAUGUUAAAUAGAACAUUUACCGAAGAUGAUGAUAUUGAAGAUGAACACCAAAAGUUUAUAAAUAAAGGUAAACCACCAAUGGGAACCAAUGCAUGCAAAGAUAUAGGUUUAUUUAUAAAAGAUAUCACAAAGUUAUUCUAUAAUUUACGUCAAAGUUCCAACCCAGCAGAAGUUGCAACCAUCAAAGAGUCUAUUUGCGAUAAAAUUCAAAAUGGUUUAAUAACGAUGCCAUGGUUGUUAGGUUUCUUCCCACAAUUAAAACAAUUUGCCAAUCAAUCUUGUCCAAUUUUUAAUGUUCCACCAAAUACACCACCACCAUCUCCAUCUAUUUCUUCACCAAUUUCUGAAAUGGCCCAAUCAAACUCAAAAAGUAUUCCACAUGCCAGUGUUUAUCAAGUUUCUUCAAAUAGUGCCAAUAAUUUAAAUUCAAUUCAAUCACAACUUCAAUUACAAAGAGAGGUUGAUCUUAUGUCUCAACGUAAAAAAUCAUCAUCACCAAAACCACAAGUUAAUGAUCAACAUCCAAGCUACCCUGCUUCUAUUAACCCAUCUUGUGAGGAUAGCGAUAGUAGCAGUAGUAGCAGAUCAAGCUCUGCAGUUGGUAAUCAUACAAACGUAUUAAGAGUAGUAGGUCCAAGUAUUCAUAGAGGUACAAAGUGUGCAUUUUGUAAAUUCUCACCAAUUAUAGGUAAUCUUUAUGAAUGUAAUCGUUGCUGCUUCUCUUUUUGCGAACAAUGUAAACCAAAUGAGACCCCAACAUGCCCAUCAAAUGAUCCAACUCAUCAAAUCCAAAUCUAUGCCAAACCAAAAGUUUGUAAAAAGACCGUCACUUCCUCUACUGGCGCAGGUGCUACCUCAACCCCAACUCCAAUUCGUGGUUGUCCAUACAAAAGAAAAACCCCAAAAUGUACUCUAGGCCUUAAAUUCGUUAGUGAUGUAACCCUUCUAUUUGGAUCCCAAGUUCAACCAAAUGAAGAGCACACUAAAGUUUGGAGGGUUCAAAAUAUUGGACCAGCUUUAAAAGAUUGUUUAUUAGUCCGUGUUUGUGGUAAUGUUCGUUUACCAAAAGUACCAGCGAUUUCACUUCCACCAAUUGCACCAGGUGAAAUUUUUAACAUAUCAAUACCUAUUUUUAUACCCUCAUUACCUGAUGGUUGCGAAGAACAAUUAGUUGGCGAAUACUGGAGAAUUUGUACUGCCGAUGGUCUUUAUUUUGGUGAACAACUUUGGAUUAGUUUGGUAGUUAAAAAUAAAGAGGUUUAUGAUUUAUCCGAAAAACUAAAUACCUGUGUAUUAUCAAAGCUAUCAACAUCAACAACCACCACCACAACAUCAACAACAACAACAACAACAUCCACAACAACAACCCAAUGUACAUGUAGAAGUAAUUUAAUAACAUGCCAUAAUUGUCAAUCAAGACAAUCCUCAAAUAACUAUAGUUGUAAUUAA